AACCGUUUCAAGAACUGCCGAACAAACAUCUUGCUCGCGUUCUCUCCAUCUGUUGAUAUCUCCGAUCUCCGAUCUAGAUCCGAUUAACAAUGGCGAUGGCACCCGAUGUGUUGUUCAAUUUGAGAAACAACUUCUACUUGGGAGCAUAUCAAGCCGCAAUCAACAACAGCGAUAUCCCCAAACUCACGGAAGAGGAUUUAAUCGAACGAGAUUGCCUUGUGUAUAGAUCCUACAUUGCCCUUGGAAGCUACGAACUUGUGAUUAAUGAAGUCGAUUCAUCUGCGGCGACGCCUCUGCAAGCCGUGAAAUUACUCGCCUUGUAUCUUUCCAGCCCCGAUAACAAGGAAAGCAUCAUUUCAAGUAUAAAGGAGUGGUUGGCAGAUGAUGCCAUUGGGAACAAUCCAAUUCUCAGGCUUAUUGCAGGCACCAUAUUCAUGCAUGAACAAGAUUACAAUGAGGCUCUCAAACACACAAAUGCUGGAGGGACUAUGGAACUAUAUGCCUUGAAUGUCCACAUUUUCCUCAAGAUGCACAGAUCAGAUUAUGCUGAGAAGCAAUUAAGAGUUAUGCAACAGAUUGAUGAGGAUCACACAUUGACUCAGCUUGCAACUGCAUGGCUUAAUUUAGCUGUGGGUGGUUCAAAGAUACAGGAAGCAUAUCUCAUAUUCCAAGAUUUCUCUGAGAAGUACCAAAUGACUAGUCUGAUCCUUAAUGGGAAGGCUGUGUGUUCCAUGCAAAUGGCCAAUUUUGAUGAAGCUGAAUCAUUUUUACUAGAAGCACUCAACAAGGAUGCAAAGGAUCGAGAAACACUGGCUAAUCUGGUUGUAUGCAGUCUCCAUCUUGGGAAACCUUCUUCACGGUUUUUAAGUCAGUUAAAACUGUCGGAUCCAGAACACAUGCUACUCAAACGGGGUUUAACUGCAGAGGAGAAUUUCAACAGAGCAAUACAAACGGUUGCUUAAAGAUGUUGAUUUUUGAAAAGGAAGUCAAUUUUGAAUACUUGUGUGUUUGAAUAUAUGUGACUAAAAGUUCAGAAAAUAAUUGAUUUUUGUUUUUUUUCUAAUAGAGGAAAAAGUAAUAGUUUUGUCG